AGCCGACAUGGGUUGUUGAGAGGGAGGUCGUCCACGCGAUAGAGAUUAUCCUAGGGUGUAGCAUCCUGAAGGGUAGGAUCUAUCGGAUGUCUUCAGGUGAGCUUGAUGAGCUUCGCCGGCAACUCAAGGAACUCGUAGAAACGGGUUGGAUACGACCGAGUGUUUCUCCUUAUGGGUCUCCAGUACUAUUUGUACCAAAGAAGAAGGAAGGAACACUUAGGAUGUGCAUUGACUAUAAGGGCCUCAAUGCCAUCACUGUAAAGAACAGAGAGCCCCUAUCGCGCAUCGAUGAUUUGCUAGAUAGAGUGCAAGGGUGUCGGUACUUCAGUAAGAUAGAUCUGAAGUCCGGGUACCAUCAGAUUGCAAUCCGGCCCGAGGAUCAACACAAAUCCGCAUUUCAGACCAGGUACGAUCUGUACGAGUUUGUGGUGAUGCCUUUUGGACUUUAUAAUGCUCUUGGCACCUUUCAGCACGCCAUGCAUCAGAUAUUUCAUGACUACUUGGAUAAGUUUGUCAUCGUGUACCUCGAUGACAUACUUAUUUUUAGUAAGACUGUCGAGGAAUACGUUGCACACUUGGACAAUGUCCUUAGUCUUCUGCGACAACACAAGUUCAAGAUUAACGGUGAGAAGUGCGAGUUUGGCCGCACCCGUGUCUUGUACUUGGGUCAUGAGAUUUUCGCGGAGGGAUUGAAGCCCGAUGACGCGAAGGUGACCAGCAUUCGUGAUUGCCCACGUCCUCAGUCUGUGACUGAGAUGAGAUCUUUCUUAGGGAUGACAGACUACUAUAGGACUUUCGUGAAGAAUUAUAGUAUAGUGGCUGCCCCUUUGACUGAUCUGAACCGCCUUGACACCCCAUGGGAGUGGACAGACGAGUGCGAGGCUGCUUUCACACAUCUGAAGCAUGCGUUGACGCACUACGAGGUCUUGAAACCUCCUGAUCCUGAUAAACCGUUUGUAGUAACCACGGAUGCCAGCCAAUAUGACAUUGGUGCCGUACUUGCGCAACAGGAGGGGAAAAAGUUAAGGCCUGUUGUGUACAUGUCUAAGAAGAUGCCGUCUCAGAAGUUGGCCAAGUCCACCUAUGAGAAGGAACUCUAUGCGGUUUACAAGGCUCUCACCCAUUGGAGGCACUAUCUCCUUGGGAGGUUCUUCAUCCUCAGGACUGAUCAUCAAACCUUGAGGUGGAUGAGAACUCAACCGGUGCUCUCUGACUCUCUGAAGCAUUGGAUCGAAGUCAUUGAGCAGUAUGACUUCGACUCACAAUAUCUGAAAGGGGAGUACAACAAGGUUGUUGAUGCCUUGUCGCGUAGACCUGAUUUCUCAGGCGCGCUGAUUACUGAGUUCGACCUUACGGACGAUGUUACGCGUUCUUUGGUGGAAGCCUAUCGCGAGGACCAGUUCAUGUUUGAGAUCAUACGCAGACUUGAGGCGAAGGAUAAGAAGACUUCUGCCGAGUUUGAGUUGAUCAACGACUUGCUGUUCCUUGAGAAGGAAGGGAAUAAACGUUUGUGUGUCCCAAAUAGUGAGUCUUUGCGUAGUUUAUUUGUAGGAGUAUGUCAUGACGCCACCGUCCAUUUUGGUUUCAAAAAGACUGCAGCCAAUUUGUUGCAGCGGUUCUGGUGGCCCACGAUUGUGAGAGAUGCUAAGCUGUACGUGGAGACUUGUCAGGUCUGUCAGAGAGACAAGCCCCGUACACAGGCCCCUCGUGGGCUCCUCAAGCCCCUUCCGAUUCCGGAAAGGCCUGGUGAGAGCCUAUCCAUGGACUUCAUGGAUACGCUGGUAACCAGCAAGAGCGGAAUGAGACAAAUCUUUGUUAUCGUGGAUAGGUUUAGUAAGUACGCUAGGUUAGUUGCAAUGCCGGAGACAGCGAAGACUGACCAUGUGAUUAAGCUGUUCAAAGAGAACUGGGUUAGAGACUUUGGAUUGCCAAAGUCUAUAGUCAUGCAACUACCUGAGAACCAGCCCCCUGCUGCACCUGGGACUUCAGAGUUUGCUUAUCGAUGUGAGCAGCUUAUGCAGCAGUCUGUUGAGCAGAUGCACAAAACGCAGGCGGCGAUGAUAGAGUCUGAGAACAAACACCGCCGCCCAUUCACGUUUCAGGUAGGAGAGAGAGUCUGGGUCAAGUCCUCAGAACUGGGACAGGAACACGGGAUCUCACGCAAGCUCAUGCCACAGUACUUUGGACCAUGGGAGAUUCUGGAUGUUGUUGGGAAUGAACCAGAUGGGCCGUCUUAUGUUGUUCGCAUACCUGGUCACUUAGGCACUUACCCUGUUUUCCACGCCUCGAAGCUUGCACCAUGCAAAGAAACUGACCAGUUUCCUUCUCGUCGCUUUAUGCUGCCCCAAGCCAUGGAUGGAGAGGUCGACAUCGAUGACAUCGUUGAUCACAGAGAGAUGCCAGUUCCAAGACCAACUGGCAGAGGACGUCCUCCAACACCGAAGCUGCAGUACCGAGUUCGGUUCAGACAUCACAUUGACCCCAGGGAGGACAGAUGGUUCACAAGCGAGGAACUGAUGCAGACCGCUCCACAGACAGAAAGUGAAUGCACGAUGAAGCAAGUGCGUCCAGGGCUGUGUAUUGGAGAUUUGGAGGAUGCAGAGAGGUGUCUACCUCGAUGUGGCAAUGUUUCAAUCACACAUAUUCUGUCUAUGGGUGCACCUUUGGCAGCAAUACGAGCUCGCCAAUCAUCUCUGCAACCUUCGAUCAAGAUGAAUGAAUUGGUUUUUGUUGGGGAGGAGGUAUCACCAGGGCAAGUAAAAGGCGAACCGUAUGCCCGUCGAGUGCGAAAUCUCUACGUUCCUAUCUUUGACUUGCCCACAUCAAACUUGUUGCAGCUAUUGCCGCAAUGUAUUGACUUCAUCGACAGUGCUCUAUGUCCUACUUUGCCAUCCGAAAACUCUGAGAACAAAAAUGAUCAGUGCUCUCCCGAUUCAGCUGGUGCUGUGUCAGUGCCUGCACCAAGCUCUCAGCCUCCGCCGUCACCUGCUCCUCCCACAUUUCUUCCAUUGUCCGUCUCACCUGUGCGUCAUGCUGUCCUUGUACAUUGUUUUGCUGGAGUGUCGCGGAGUGCAUCUGUCGUUGUUGCAUACCUCAUGAAGAAGGAGAAGCUGAGUUUCAAAGAAGCAUUUCUGUCACUGAAAAAGGUGCAUCCUCAUGCAUGUCCGAACCAGGGGUUUCGGGAACAGUUGCAGUUGUUUCAUGCAAUGGGAUGCUGCCUUGAUCGAAACUAUCCUCCUUACAAAAAGUACUGUCUAGAGUUGAUGAGCAGGAGGAGGUGGGGGUUUGCGGGCGCAGUUGCCAGACUUCCUGCGCCACCUGGCCUGCCCGGAGGGGUCAUGCCGAAGGUCUGUUCGGUUAUCAUCCGAAAUCAUCAUACGAAUGCUGCUGGUCAUCGUGGGUUGCAGUCCUGUCUGGAGAUCACCAGUCAGAAGAAGUCUGGACAGCGUCGAGGUGGUGCUGGCAUAGUUUCAAUGAGCUUGCCCGCAUCGAGCCACUCGAGUCCUCCCCGCUCUUCCUGCUCAACAGCACGCCCCAAAACGGGCUCACAUAUUACCCGCGGAAUCCAACACCUGUCACCACCCCUGCAGCAGCAGGUUUUACAGCCGCAGCAGAGUCAACAUCUCAAGGGUGCCAUUAGUAAGCUAGUGCACAAUCCUGAUGAUGGUGGCAAUCCGAGCCCGCCAUUGACAGCGAGACGGGCUGGACGGCGUACGAGGGGUGCCCAAGCUCACACACAGGCUGUUCAUCCAGAUGGGGCUCCUGAUGACCAGCGGACGGGCACAGGACAGCAUCAUACCGAGACAAGAAUCAAGGGAGGGGGUACUGGAGGUGCUGGUGACCAGAACGCUUUGGGUAGGGUUGCUAGUGAGCAUCCGCCUGUCGGUACAGAUCAUACGAGUUCUCAUGGAGGGGGUAAAGAUGUCCAUUCUCGACAAGUGAUCGGCGACAGCGGUGCCUCUGUCGAUGACCAUUCCAUGGUGGCUUCCAGAACAACUGGCUUGUAUCCUUCUGGGGAUUGGAAUGGUGGUCCCCACCCUUCCAAACAUGGCAAAGGCAGUGGUGAAUCGGCUGCUGCAAGGAAUGGCGAAGCUGCGGAAAUUGGUUCUGACGGUGCCAAUGGAAAUCGGGCCAAUCUUGACGGUCAGGGUUUGCACAAGGCCAGAGGCCUCGGUCCAGGUACAGGUAACAUGCAUGAGGUGAGGGGGGUGCCACUUCGGGUGACAAAGGUUGAUAUCCUGGGUGAGAAGAAAGGGGCUCAAGAGGUGUGCCUGUAUCGGUGUAGGAAGUGCCGGAGUGUUGUUGCCUCCGGAGAGAAUUUGCUCCCACAUGACCCUGGUGAGGGCCCCACCGAGGUCAACCGAUGGCAGAAGAAGGGGGCGCCCCAGCAGUACUCGGUCGGCAGAGCUCGCAGCGCAGGUGUAGUCAGGACCACGGUGUUGGGUGAAAGUCCAGCAUCUGGAAAGCAGCUGAUGUCAUGUGGAGAAUGUUCAUCAAUAUUUGUUGAGCCCCUGGAGUGGAUGACGGGAGUGACAGACGGAGAGAGAGGAGGGAAGCUUAGUUGUCACAAGUGCUCUGCACGUUUAGGAAGUUUCGACUGGGGCGGAUUACACUGUAGCUGUGGGGCAUUAGUCUCUCCUGCAUUCCAACUGCAUAAGAGCCGCAUAGACGCUGGGUCGUACUAUGUGAUCUGAACAAAGGACGUACUAUUUGAUCUGACCUAAGGACUACAUUGGCAAGUGGAUAGACAAUAGCACGGCACGGAUUCGAGAUGCCAGGUCUUCCACCUUCCCAUCCUCACAGUUCCCGUUGACUGCAUCAUGCAUCCAAGUCGACACGUAAUGCCGAAGCUGGACUCGUUACACUGAUGGGCUGAAAGGCAAACUGCCGGUGAGCUGACAUGAUUAUGCCUGCUGAUGUGCUGUGUCUGAUGGACGCAGUGGGACCGAGCUAAGGUGUUAAACACUCCGCCUGGGGAGUAUGGUCGCACGGCCGAAUUGACGCUGGCCUGCACAAGUGGCUGAGCGUGUUGUUCAAUUCAAUACAAUGCGUGGAAGCUUACCAGCCCUCAACAUAUGGAACCAACUCCUCGUGAGAGUCCGAUGUACUUUUGACUUCAUACACGUCCUGCGUGGCUGUCGUCAUGUCGUAAGAUGUUGGGUUACGUCCUAUAACGACUCUGAAACUGUGCCUUGUGAUUUUAAGCUGAAGCUGUCCGCUGAUCCGUCUUGCCAGAUGGACACUGUUGUUUGCACUCGUUAUACCCAACGCAAGUCUGAUGGCAAUGGCGGGUCUCGGAGUUGUGUCUAUGGACGCACAAGGUAGCAGAUUCCUUUGUGGCGUGUGCUGUCGGCAGUGGUGGACGUUGGAUAUGGAAGAAAGCUAAGCACUUGGCUGGACCCUGUCGUUGGUGGUGUGUGCUGUUGGCACUGAUGGACGUUGGAGGUGGAAGAAGCGAAGCACUUGGCUGGACUCUGGCAUCUGACCAGGUUUGUGGGAAUUGGUGGCAGCAGGUGCGCUUGCUCAUCAUCGAUCGUUUGUUGUCUUUCUUCUGAUUUGCAGGUGAUACCUUGAUUGGCUCUUCCUGCAUGAUUUGGAUAGUAAUCUAUGCUGUCUGUCCUGCGACAUGGUAGCACAACUUCAUAUGUUUGUCAGGGAACCACGGGUGGCUCAUGUCUUUCCAGGAGCAGACACAUCUCUCAGUUCUUUUCUAAAGUCGAGCCUACUCACGAUUAGGAUGAGCAGUGUGUGGGUUGUAAAUAUUGUCACUACUUGAUGAAUAUCUGCACUUGUCAUUUUCAAGCCCAGUUCGCUAUGGCAGGUGAGUAGUAGGACCUCACGGUCAUACGGUGUGGCUGAUGCCACCUUUGAAAAAGCUAAAGAAAACAGGUGCUUUUCUUUGUUCGGAGCCUCUCUCUCUCUCUCUCUCUCUCUCUCUCUCUCUCUCUCUCUCUCUCUCUGAUGGCACCUUUGAAAAAGCUGAAAAAAAACUGGUGCUCUGCUUUGGUCAGAGCCUCUCUUUCUCUCUCUCUCUCUCACACACACACACACACACACACACACACAACAAUGAGUCUGACCACCUGACGUGUGUUCAUUGCAUGGCUCCCCCGGACCCAGACAGAGCAUGAUGUCCGGCAGGACUGAAGUCUGUUUAUGCGUGGCCAAGAGUUUUUUUCAGGGUGGGAAUGUAUGUUUGGAGUUUUGCCCACGAUAUCUUUGCGAGGAGGUUCAGAGAGUGUUUGCUGUGGGUGUCAUUCCCACACGCUGCUCUUUUGGAGCACAUGGAAGGAAAUGGGGAAUCUUCUAGGGUGUUUUAAGCAGUAGCGCUUCUGGGGUCGUGUGAAGAUCUUGUGGAGUUUGGCAUGGUAUGUGCAGUGGCCUUUGCUGUAGCACUUUGACAUCAUUUGAAUCUGCAGGUUGUGUGGCGGAGGGAGGUUCAUGGCACUCUUGCUGUUUCAUACAGGUCCUGUGCUGUAUGUUUGAUUUGUGGUGGCUUUGUAGGCUGACUCAGAGGGCUCUCUGAUUUUCUUUAGAACAUUGGCGGAUGUGGUUGGUGCUUUCCUGUUAGUGGGGCCUUUUGUGUUAUGGUGAGUUGCCCAUUUUCGAUGCGUCUGGUCCAGAGAUAAAGCCAGAUACAUGUG